AUGGCCGCCAAGGUCAAGCUGCUGCAGCGGGAGCUCAAGACGCUCAAGGCCGACCUGGCCUUCUCCAAGGAGCGGUGCGCGCAGCUGGAGGAGGAGAACCGGCAGCUCCGGGACGGCAACCACGACGCCGACGAGGACAUGAUACGGCAGCAGCUGGAGACGCUGCUCGCGGAGAAGGCGCGACUGGCGAACGAGAACACGCUGUACGCCCGCGAGAAUCGGUUCCUGCGGGAGAUCGUUGAGUACCACCAGCUCAACAUGCAGGACGUCGUCAACCUCGACGAGGACGACAUCGAGGAGGAAGACGAGGACGACGCCGACGAGGACGAGGAGAAGGAGGCCGAGCAGCAGUACCAAGAUCGCGGCUCGACCUUGCCGUCCCAACACGUGCAUGAGGAAGAGGAGCACCAGGCGGCCGGCCCGGGCACCGCCCCCGAGUCACCCUCUCACCGCAGGGAGUCGCCGCGGAUGCCAGGCACGAACGGCGGCGACACCACGGACAAGGAGUCGCCGCGGAGGCUGAACACGAACAGCGGCGACACGGUUGAUUACGAAUCCCCUCGGAGAAACGGCUGA